GAGGGAGGUGGCAGCAGGGGUACAGGAGAGGGUCAUAGUGGAACCCAGUGCUGAGGCUGGAGCUCAAGGGACCCUUGACCUUUCACCAUCACCCUCGCCCCCCUCCCUGGCCAACGGGGUUCACAGGAGGCCUGGCCUUGGAACACGCCGACGCUGGCAGACAGAGACACACACCGAUGCUUUAACACACACACCAGGACAGACAGGAGACAUAGGCAUGCAGAUUUACACGGAUCUCCAAAUGCACACACCUGCGGACACUCACACACACCUAGCCGCUAACACACACAUGGAUGCUCACACACACUCGGACUCUGCCGGUCCAGAGCAGCCCAGAACUGUUUCAUCACCAGAGACUCACACCAGAUCACCUCAGCGACAGGGCCUCUUGCCUGUCACUCAUUCAGCCUGCACCAAUCAGCAAGUUGCUUCCUCUCCCUGCAUCCCGCUUCCUCCACCCUCUGCAAACAGAGACAGGCCCCCGGCCAUUAGCCCUGCCCAUAUUGGACCAACACCUCUAGAUCUCUCUAAACCCUCAAGAGCUAUCGGCCCAAAUCCUACAGGCCCUUCUCUUAUUGGUCCAUCCGGUUCAAACCCUUCUACUAUUGGCCCAGACCCUGUAGAUCCCUCCCCUGUAUCUGUCGAAGGAGAGAGGAAGUAUGCGCUCCGUAGCUCCGGUCGACCUCGCUUCCCCUGCCAGCUACGAAAGUCCUCCCGCAUCCGCCGAUCCACCGAGGAUGGAGAGAGGAGGGGAGGGAGGGAGAGCGAGAGGGAAGAGGAAAUGGCAGAAGAGGAAGAAGAGGAGGAGAAAGAGAGGGUGAGUGUACAUGUAAAGGUUGAGCGCCCCACAGUGGAGGAGGGUUUACCUGCAACCUCGAAGCCUGCUGACUCAGCUGUACCUGUAGCACCACGCCCUUCAUCACACCCUUCAACACGCCCUACACCACACCCCACCUCUCACUACGCCCCCCGGCCAGCGCCCAAACCCAGAACUUCAACCAAACCCCAACCUAGACCUUCAACCAACGCCAAACCAAAAGCCCAACCCAGACCAUCGAUUAAAGCCUCGCCCAAAUCCUCGCCCAGACCAGCGAACAAUCCCAGACCAGCGACCAAUCCCAGACCAGCAACCAAUCCCAGACCAGCAACCAAUCCCAGACCAGCAACCAAUCCCAGACCGGCAACCAAUCCCAGACCUGCGACCAAUCCCAGACCAGCAACCAAUCUUUCGCCUUGUCCAUCGACCAAUACCGUGCCCCAGCCGACAGUGAAGAAGGAGGUGCCUGAUGAUCUAGUUCCUCCCACUAAACAGAAACGGCGGUUCGUUGGUGUGAGGCGUAUCGUGGUGAAGGUGGCUCGUAUCCCGGUCAACCUCAGCCGACGCCAAAAGAGCUACAAGAUUUCCUCCAUGGAGACCAUUGUCGGACCGGAGAGGGGCGGGGCCAGUGGAGAGGGAGGGUUGGAGGGAGCAGAGGGGGUGACAUCGGUGGUCCGAGAGCCAACUGCGCUCCUUCGCAUGAAGAACAAUGGGAAGAAUGUGAUGGUCAUGUUCCCGCCUGGAGAACUCCCGGUGAUCCUGAAACGCAGACGUGGCCGACCUCCCAAACAGGUUGUACCGGGAAUGCCGGAUAAAACAGGUGGGAAUUUCGCCGUUGCCAGUGGGAACGGCGAGCCCAAGAAACCUCGUCGGCGCCGGCGGGCCAAGCUUCCAUCUCCGCAACCGUCGUACGUGAACGACACCAACGACGUGAAGACGGAGUACGGAGACGUUCUGUCCAAACUGGCGUUCCUAAACCACCAAACGCCUGCCACCGGCCGCUGCUCUCCACCACGCUGCUGGACACCCAGCGAACCGGAUAGCUUUCACACGCCGUCCAACAACCCUGGGAUCUCCGCCCUGCUCCACCGACUCACAGGGUUCAGACGCAGGGGAGGGAGAGGUGGUGGCGUAGGGGGCAGGGGAGGAGGAGCAGGAGGGGCUGGGUGUGAGAGCUUCAAGAGCUCCUUCAGUGACUUCUUCGAGACGAUCGGGAAGAAAAGGAAAGUGACCCCUGCUCUGUCAGAACCAGGGUUACCCAAGAAACGAGGGAAGGGUGGGGGAGGCAGGGGAGGAGGGAUUGCAGGGGGGGAGAUGGGGGCUGGAGGUGAGGGGUGGAAGCCGAUGAGAAAACGACGCUCCUGCAAGAAUGGGGUUUUGAAAGGGGAGGCAGGAGGACAGCUGGAGCAAGACUGGUCUAAUGGUGGAGGUGUCUGGGAGGAUGACCGGGGAGGGGAGAGGGAGAGAGGGCCGGGGGCGUACCAGGCCUGUGGCUCCCUGAGGGGGGACUUCCUGCCCUGUGAGGGGGGAAGAGCAGGUGCAUACGGCAGUCCUGGGGGCAGCAGAGAAGGUGGAGGUGGUGAUGAAGUGCAGGGUUUGUUCGCUGGAUAUUUUCGCUCCCUGCUCGACUCAGACGACUCCUCCGACCUCCUGGAUAUCUCCUCCUCUCGGCCUGACCCCAGGAAACCUCCUCCCACCCCGGGCUACGACUCCUCCAGCACUGCCCCCGGCCCAGGUUCUCGCUGGUCCCCAGCCUUCCCCAAGCGCAGCCCCAAAGGAGAGGCAAGGGAGAACCAAUCCCAGGUCUCUUCGUCCUCCUCUUCCAGACCUCCAUACAGCUACUACCUUUCCCAGAACUCCCCCACCACUUCCUCCUUCCCCAAGUCCACCCCUCCCUCCCUCUCUCUGCCUCGCUCUCCCAGUUCCCCCCAUCCCUCCUCCUACGGUCACUACCCGUCCGGCUAUUCCUCCUCCUCUCCUGCGGGGGGCAGUGCAGCACCACAGAGACCCACAGACUGCAGCUUUGCAGCCUACGGGGCAGCAGGGCUGGAUAAGGCCUCCACAGUCCCCCCCGUGGGCCAGGGUCAGAUGGGCUAUUCCAAUUUUUCCAAGCGUGGAUAUGGGGGCUACCCUGGGCAGGUUGGACCAUCCUCUCCAGGGGAAGGGGGGUAUAUGGCCAUGGCCAAGAACAACCCCUUCCAUUCCUCAUCAUCUCCAGAGGGUUACAGACACUACCCCUCCAACCAGUGGAACUGCAAGCAGGGCUCCAGUGGCUGGGCGUGGGACAGUCUGGCUCAUCAUUAUCCAGGAGGCUACAGUGACUACGUGACCCCAGGCCCCAGCGAGCCCAAAGACAUCCUGGACAUCUCUAACUACACCCCACAAAAGGCCAAGCGACAACCCUUCCUCGAGAGCCUAUCAGAGUCCUCCUCUGACUCAUCCCACCUGGGGGUCACCGGGUCAGGAGGCGGGGUCAGUACCGGAGGUGGGGGCGGAGGCUCGGGUUCAGGUUCCGGAGGUGGGGCUUACAGGCAGGGUGGAGGCAGGGAGUCUCUGCCUAUUGGUGGAGAGGGAGGUCAAGGCCAGUCCAGCCUAUCAAGUCUGGAGAAGUUAAUGAUGGACUGGCAUGAGAGCGCCUCAGGCCCCUCUUACAACUGGAGCCAGAACGUUCUCUUCCAGGGGCAGGGAAAGCCCGGGCGGGGGCGCAGGAAACGGAAUGCUGCCGAACCCCAAAUGGAAAAGGAGGGGGGUGGUGGACCAGGACCGGAGCCCCCCCCAGACUCUCCCACCAGCCCCCCAGCCCAGACACAGUCCCACACCUCAACCCAGGGCUCUGGUGCCAAACGCAGUGGGAUUGGGGGGCGGCAGGGCAGGGGGGUGAGGGGAGGCAGGGGACGGCUGUGCCCGUCCCCAAGAGAACGCCCCCAAGGGGGGAAGAAGGGUAAGGCUGCUGGGGGUGGGGAUGGAGGAGGAGGGGUACUGCUCAGGGGGUUGUUCCAGGAAGGCCUUGACUACUUCAGUGGAGACAGCAGCAGCCUCUCCCCCUCCCUACUCCUGCACUACACCUUGGUUACCCCCGAGCCCUGUGAGUACCCCUCCCCAACUCCUUACUCCGCCCACCCCUCCACCCCGUCCUCAGAGGAGCGUUACCCAACCCUCUUCCCUGGCGAGCGGGGCAUCGCUCAGUGGCAGCACCAGCCCUCACACUAA